CCAGAAAGAAAUAAUAUAAAAAGAAGCCCCUUCAACCGUCUUCCCUUCGUUUUUUAUUAUCUUAAAUUAGCUAUUUUACAUCUGACAGCGACAACGACAUGGCACCACUUCAAAUCAUUGGCGCAGGUUUCGGCCGAACGGGAACCGAUAGCCUACGAAACGCCUUGAAUCAGUUAGGUUAUAGCACCCAUCACAUGUAUGCAAUGGCUCAUGGCGGUGAUGAACGAUACCCAGAAGUUUUUCAAGAAGCCUAUGAACAUCCGGAGCGUGAUUAUGAUUGGGAGAAGGUUUAUGAUGGCUUCGACGCUGCAGUGGAUUGGCCAACUGCGGCAGUUGUCGAACCACUGCUGAAAAAGUAUCCAAAUGCCAAAAUUAUCCUUACAGUCCGUGACCCUGACGACUGGUACAGAUCGGUCAAGAACACCAUUUUCCGCAUGUCACAGAAAGGGUUCUCUGCAGAGAGUGCUCCUCCUGGCAUCGAUCUUGCAUACUACAAGCGUUUGGUGAGCAUGAUCCAUACCCUUGUACUGGACGGUGCUUUUGGCAACCCGGAAAAGUUUUUGGAUGAGGAGGCCAUGAAAGCUAAGUUCGUAGCUCACAACAAGUGGGUUCAAGAGCAUAUUCCUGCGGAUCAGUUGUUGGUGAUGCAACUCGGUGAAGGAUGGGACCGUCUCUGCCAAUUUUUGGGCAAGUCUGUACCUGAUACACCUUAUCCAAACACCAAUUCGUCCAAGGAUAUCAACAAGAUGGCGAAGGAGCUUUUUGAAGACGUCAAUCCAAAGGGGGAGGAUGUUAAGGCUUAAUCAUACUAUAUAUCACACAUCCCUUGCAUUUACUCUAUUUUUUUUUCUUUCACUUUCGUAUAUCCUAUUAUCCUAGUCUAUUUUAUGCCGUCCGCAACAUACACGCCCUCUUAACCACUCCCCGCCCAUAUCUAUGCAUCGAACGUACAUAAAAUAGCUUGUGCUUUUACAGUUCUCCACGACAGGACAAAAAAUAAAUACCAACCGCGAUAAAUGUUAUACACUGA